CCGCGCCAUUUGCAACAACAAUUUUAGGCGCCAAAUGUUGGCAUUCUAUUGUACAGUAUUGACCAGCCUUUCGACGAUUGUAAGCCAGUUAGACGGGUGUUUGUGAUCUUAGAUUCAUUGGCCAUGUUCCUCCGUUUUCUCAAGAAACUUACUGGCAUAGACUUGAAUGUGAAUAAUGAUGCUGUUGUGGAUAUGGAGCCAGGCAUUACAGUCAUGGAUCUUCCUCCACCUGUAAUUGUAAAUAUUUACAGUUAUCUAAAUCCCGAAGAUAUUUUGUCAAUGAGAAACAUAUGUCCAUUAUGGAAUCACCUAAGUUAUGAUGCAUCUAUAUGGAGAGAGUUGAACACAAGCAAUUGUACAGAUUCAUUCCUUUCCAAUGGCUCUUUCUGCAAACUACUUCAUGAGGUAGAAGCUUACAUUGAAGUCCUGCAUUUUGAUAUUGAGUAUAUAUCUAUACUAGACUACUUGGCACAAUCAGAAGCAUCAUAUUGCCAGAACUUACAAGAAAUACAUAUCUUUAACGAGAAAAAGAUAGGGAAAACAAUUGAUAUCAAUGGUUUGGAUCAAAAGAUGGUGAAGCUGUCUCAGAAGUGCAAACAAUUGAAAAAAUUGCAUUAUGAAAAUUUGUUUAUCAAUACAGAUGCUGUUUUUGACAAGUUAAAGUAUUUCAAGUGUUCCUCUGACGAUGAAACAAUUGAUGAAACUUUGGAAGAGCCAGCCAGACUUAAAGCUUUCAUCCAAAGGCAUCCACAGAUAGAAGACCUUGACAUACACCUCCCAGCGUUGCCUGAUGAUAAUGAACUCAGUGCUACUUCAAUACUGUUGGACCUCCCGCUACUGAAAAAGCUGAGAUUGUAUGAUAACUUUACAGAUGAGGAAAUCCCAUUGUUGCAGCCCAUCAACCAUCAGUUGAAUCUAGAGAGUCUAACUUUAUACUUCUUGUCUUAUGUCACGGAUGAAACCAUUGUUGCUAUCCUUACUAAAGUUCCAAAGUUGAAAAUUUUUGAUGUAAGAUACUGUGAUCUAGUGACCGAUGUUACACUGAAAUGUGUAGCAAAGAACUGCCGUGAAAUUACAGAAUUUAGCAUUGUUGGUUAUCAUCCAGUGCUUUUUACAGGAGCUGGUGUAAAAGAAGUAGCUUUGAACUGUACCAAGGUGGAAUGGGUAACUGUGAUUCCAUGUUCUGAUGAUGAUGAUGAAGACAUUUAUGCAUUUAUUUCACAUUGCGCAGAAAAAUUGAGGUUGCUUGUUGUGAGUGGAGGAGUGACUGACAGAACAAUUUUGAAAAUGACGGAGAUAUGUCCGAAUAUAUUUUAUCUUGAUUUAUAUGACUGCCCAAAGCUCACAGGGGCUUCCAUAUCUGCAGUGUUGAGGUGUUACAAAAAUUUGGAAUGUCUAACACUUAUUGGUAAUAGUAAUAUCAAGACACUAGAUGACUUUUGUGAAGUUGAAGCCAUUAAAGUGUUGAAAAGUGACAAGCAGAAGAAUGUUGAACGCAAAUGUGUUGUUGAAGAGGGAAAGUUGAAAGCUGUAAAACUAGACAAGAUUCAAGAACAGGAACAAUCUGGGGAAAAGCUUGAAGAGACGGUAUAUGACAAACAUAAUGGUGUGGUAAAAACUCUUGUAAAGUCUACAGAGACAGGUAAAAGAUUGUCAUUUUUAUUAUGUUUGCAUAUGAAUGGCUGUUAUGAACUUACAGAUAAUUCGCUCUUCAAAUUAGCUUGCUACUGUCCCAAUCUGCGUCAAGUACAUCUCUCAGGAUGUGUCGAUUUGUCAGACAAUACAGUGAAAACCUUUGUUCAAAGAUGCCCCUUUUUAUCUGAGUUUGACAUAAGCCUUGAAUACGCUCCAGAAAAUCUGGUAGGGGAGAAAGUAACAGAUGAAGGUUUAGCUGACAUUGCAAGAUAUGGAAAGAAACUGUGUAUGAUCAAAUUGGAUUUUCGUGAUAAUAUUACGACUGAAGGUCUCUUUGAGUUGAUACGUAAUUGUCCUAUUAUACAACAUGUGCAAAUAAGUGUAACGGAGGGUAAAAGUAACUUGACAAAGGAGAAGCUGAUGAAAUUUGCAGAGGCUUACAAGCAGAAGUUUAUAUGUAUGAAUGUAGAUGGGACUGAUUUUGGGACGGAGUGCUGCUUGGACAUUUACAUAUCUGAUAAAGAGCCAACAUCCUUCUCAAGAAAAUAUUUCUACUUCAAUUUUAAGUUCAAAGGUGAAUGGAACAUUGUAACUGAUAAAAAUAUACAGUGACUGACAUUGUACAUAUGUCAUUGAUUUAGGUAGCCUGACAAAGCUUGCCUGCAUACUCAUGCUUAUUUUGCUCAUGAAGUUUAAGAAAGUGUUUUUCACAAUAAAUAGUUUGUUCUUGAAGAAUAUGUAAAAAAAUAAAAGAAUUUCAUCUAGCAUAAUAUUAUGAGAAGACUUUUUACAUUAUUGACUCAAUAUGCCAAAAUAUAGCCCCUAGUUUGUACUCCAUUACUGAUGGGGUAGAAGUAUAUUAAAAGUAGUUUAAGCUUAUGUUCAUACAUUUUAGCUUGAUUUUUUUUUUUUGGAAAAAAGAAUUAUUGCUAUAGUCAUGGCAGUGUUCCUGUUGCUGUCAACAAACUUUAACCUUGAUCAUAACUUUUUAAGUUGUUGGUGUAUUGUCUUCAUACUUUGCCACAACAACCCUUAACAAGACCAGACUUAAGUUGACCUUUAUUCAUACAUGACAUUGACCUUAAAGGUUUAAUGUCUUAAUUUUGCUUGAUUUUUAUUAGUGGCUAUAACUUUGUUUUUAUGCCACCGCAGCAUCUGCGAUGCGGUGGCAUAUAGCGAUUCACCUGUGUGUGUGUGUGUGUUGGUGUGUGUGUGUGUGUGUGUGUGUGUGUUUGUUUGUUCGUGUGUGUGUGUGUGUGUGUUAUAUAGAUUAUAUAGUGAACUUAAAAUAUCUUCUUGUGAAAAACCACUAGUCCAAUUUCAACCAAACUUGGCAGGAUUGAUCCUUGGGUGAAGGGGUUCCAAAGUUGUUCAAAGAAUUUCAUUCCAUGCAGAAAUCUGGUUGCCAUGGCAACCAAAAGGAAUUAAAAGAAUAAAUUUAAAAAAUCUUCUUGUAAAGACCCAAAAGGCCUAGAGCUUAGAUAUUUUGCAUAAGGCAUUGUCUGGUAGACCUCUACCAAGAUUGUUCAAAUUAUAGCCCUGGGGUCAAAAUUGGCCCGGCCCCGGGGGUCAUUGAUUUUCACUAUAUGUACAUAUAGUAAAAACUUAAAAUACCUUCUUGUAAAGACCCAAAAGGCCUAGAGCUUAGAUAUUUUGCAUAAGGCAUUGUCUGGUAGACCUCUACCAAGAUUGUUCAAAUUAUAGCCCUAGGGUCAAAAUUGCCCCUGCCCCGGGGGUCAUUGAUUUUCACUAUAUGUUCAUAUAGUAAAAACUUAAAAUACCUUCUUGUAAAGACCCAAAAGGCCUAGAGCUUAGAUAUUUUGCAUAAGGCAUUGUCUGGUAGACCCUUACCAAGAUUGUUCAAAUUAUAGCCCUGGGGUCAAAAUAGGCCCCGCCCCGAGUGUCAUUGAUUUUCACUUUAUGUACAUAUAGUAAAAACUUAAAAUACCUUCUUGUAAAGACCCAAAAGGCCUAGUGCUUAGAUAUUUUGCAUAAGGCAUUGUCUGGUAGACCCUUACCAAGAUUGUUCAAAUUAUAGCCCUGGGGUCAAAAUCGGCCCCGCCCGGGGGGUCAUUGGUUUCCUUAUAUGUAUAUAGUAAAAACUUAUAGUAAAAACUUUAAAAAAAUUUCUUCUAGCAAUUGACAAAUGCUAGAGGUUAGAUAUUUUGCAUGAAACAUUGUGAAGUGAACUUCUAGCAAGAUUGUUGUUGAAUUAUAGCCCUGGUGCCAAAAUUGCCCCCGCCCCAGGGGUCAUUGAUUUUAAAUAUAUAUAUAGUAAAAAAUCUUAUUGUCUGAAGGUACAAGGCUUAGAGCUUUAAUAUUUGUUAAAUGAUAUCAUCUAUAGGAACUCUACCAAAGUUGUUCAAAUUUUGCCUCUAGUGUCAAAAUUAGCCCCGCCCCGGGGGCCAUAGGUUUUCCUUAUAUGUAUAAAGUAAAAACUUAAAAAAUCAUCUUCUUUAAAUUUACAAAGACUAGAGUUAAGAUAUUUUGCAUGAAACAUUAUGUAGUGAACCUCUAGCAAGAUUGUACAAAUAAAAGCCCUGGGGUCAAAAUUGGCCCCACCCCCAGGGGUCAUUGAUUUUCACUAUGUACACAUAGUAAAAAAAUAAAAAAUAUUUUUGUCUGAAGGAACAAGGGAUAGAUUUUUGAUGUUUGCUAUAUAAUAUCAUCUAUAGGUCCUCUACUAAAGUUGUUCAAAUUUUUCCCCUGGUGUCAAAAUUGGCCCUGCCCGGGGGCAGUGAUUCUCAUUUUGUACACAUAGUAAAAACAGAAAAUAAAACAAAUGUUUUCUGAAUGGGAGAAAGCUACAGCUUAGAUAUUUGACUUGAAAUGUUGUUUGGUGGACCUGUAUCAAGAUUGUUUUGAAUUAAACCCUUGGGUCCAAAAUUUUGUCUUGCCCAAGGGGACAGUGACCUACUUUCUUGUCCUUUAAUGUACAGCAAUGAAAUUUUGACCAUGUGCACAGUUUUAGUUGUAAAAUUGAACUUUGAUGUCAGGUGACCUAGGUUUUGUUGAUGUGACCUACUUUCUUGUCCUUUGAUGUACAGCUAUGAAAUUUGAACCCUGUGCACAGAUAAAGAUGUAAAGUGAACUUUGAUUUCAGCUGACCUAGAUUUUGACAAAGUGUCUUACUGUGUUGUCCUUUUGAUGUAGUCAUGAAAUUUAGGCUGUGUGAAAUAUGACCUUCACCACCAAAUUCACUAGACUCGAGUGCAUUGAUAUCCUCCUACUCUGAUCUUUUAUUGAGUUAACAUUAGAUUUAACCACUUAUCUGAUAAUAAGAAUAAGAUAGGUCAGGGAUCUAUGCUUUAUGACAAUCUUCAAAAUUGUAAAGAAACAAAAAAAAUCUGUUCCUACACUACUAUUUAGUGUUGUAUUAAUGCGGUGGCAUAGCAUUUUUCUCAAAUGCAAUCUUGUUUGUUAUGUUUUAUUGGAUUGUCUUCAGACUUGAAGCCUUGGUCCAUUUAUGAACUACCAGGAAGGUUAAAGUGACAUUAUGCUCAUAUUUUCAUACUCAAGUUAAGCAGAAUUGACUUUUAAUUUCAAAAGAUUGACUGUUUAAAUGGUGUUUGACCACCAGUUUAUUUUGGAAAAUGUUUAGGAUCAAAUUUUAAAUCUUCCUAAAAUAUAAAAGACUGCCCCUCUCUUUUUAUAAACUGAAUGUUUCUGGUAAGUUCUAAUUAAUAUUUACAUAAAUUCUGCUUUGAUCCAGGGGUUAUUCAUUGUUUAUGUUAAGUAAAUUAUUAAAUUAAAAUGAAUUAUGGCAAUGUAAAAACUUAUUUUGACUUUCACCUGUUCACUCACUGUACAUACCAUUGAAUGGGCAAAAUGUAACUGUAUUUUUAUUUGAUUUUUGCUAUAAUUGACUAACAGUUACUUUUAAUUUAUAAAUGGUUUAUCUUCAUACUUGAAUGGAAAAUACUUUCUGAAAGGUUCAACUGACCUUGACUGUCAGGGUCAAAUUAUUGAAUUUGGGUUAUAUAUUUAUAAUUUUGAUAUUCAUGUACAAAUUUGAUUUAUAAUUGGACAAAACAAGACUUGAUAACUGCCGUAUGAACACAUCUGCGGAUGUUUCUAAAUUCAACAGUUUUGUGUUAAAAUGUUGAAUUCUGCUUAAGCCAGUGCUAGGGGGCGUGGACGGUAACUUGCACUUUCCAGUACCGUCCAUGAACAGGCUCAAUCAAACCGAGUCUGCAACAUUUUACAAUUUUGCCGUGUUGGGCUUUCUUAAGGGAUUCUGUUUUUCAAUAUCCCACAUAUGGUACCAAACAAACAUUGAAUAAUUAAGAGAUGACAUUGACCAUAAUUGACUUUAACAUGAAAUUCUCUUGUUUUUCCUGUACUUGACUGACUGUUAUUUAUGAAUAGACACAGUGUCCUUUAGGUCAGGGCCAAAUUGACAUUAACAAAUGUGUGACAUUGACCUUGAUGGCUUAAUCAUUGAGUUGUCACUGAUUGUUGCUAUAAUAUUCUGUAACUUGGUUAUUAUACCUACACCACAAAAUGUGGGGGGGGGGGGGGCUAUAAUGGAUUUGCUUUGUCUUGUCAGUCCGUCCGUCCGUCUCCAUUAUCGUGUCCACUCUAUAAAUCCUAUACCGAUUUUCUUCAAACUUGGCUCAAAUGUUCAACUCAAGAACCCAUGUUACCCAUGUGUCAGCAGUCUGGUCAAGGUCACAGUUGAAGGUCAAAUAUCAAACAGUCAAAUAUUAGACAGUAUGUUGUGUCCGCUCCUACACUAAUUGAAAGAUUUUCUUCAAUCUUGGCUCAAAUGUUCACCUCAACAAGGUUAUGUGCAGAUCCCAUGUUACCCUUUUGCCUUGUUUGUUUGUUCGUUUCAUUUUACGCAUUUUCCCAACAGUAUUUCAGUCAUAUAGGCGGGUAGUUUCCUAAGCAUUGUUUCUGGAGAGUUACAUAUCCUUUUGCCUACCCUUUUGCGUGUUUUAUGGUCAAGGUCACACCUGAAGGUCAAAAAUUGACUUAGAAAAUAUUCUUAAACUUUAACAUGUAUUUGAAUAUUUCUGAAACUAGAGAAGGUAUUUGCUUGAAACUUUAAAUAUGUUUGAAGUGUCACAAUGAAGAUACGCAGGUCAAGUUUCAGAACUCUGUAUUGCAUUUUGACAAAGUUAUGCCCCUUUUUUAGUCCUCAAAUUUAUAUUCAAUCAAACAUUAGACAAUAUGUCGUGUCCACUCUAUAAAUCCUAUACUAAUGAAGUAUUUUCUUCAAACUUGACUCAAAUAUUAACCUCAACAAGGCUAUUUGCAGAACCCAUGUUACCUUUGUGUGGGCUUACGGUCAAGGUCACACUUGAAGGUAAAAAAUUGACUAGAAAAUGUUCUUUAAUUUUAACAUGUACUUGAAUAUUUCUGAAACUAGAGAAGGUAUUUGCUUGAAACUUAAAAGAUAUAUGAGGUGUCACAAGUAAGAUAUGCAGGUCAAGUUUCAUAACUCUGUUUUGCAUUUUGACAAAGUUAUGCCCCUUUUAAAGUCUUUAACUUUACAUACAAUCAACACCAGACAAUUUGUCGUGUCCGCUCUAUAAAUCCUAUACUUAUAGAAGGAUUUUCUUCAAACUUGACUCAAAUGUUCACCCCAACUGGGCAAUAUGCAGAACCCAUCUAACCCUUGGGCCAGCUUAAGGUCAAGGCCACACUUGAAGGUAAAAAAUUGACUUACAAAAUGUUCUUAAAUUUUAACAUGUACUUGAAUAUUUCUAAAACUAGAACAGAUUAAUCAUUUGAAACUUCAAAUGUAUAGGAAGUGUCGCAAGUAAGAUAUUCAGGUCAAGUUUCAUAACUAAAAAAGCGUGUGGGGGAAUAACUUUGUAUUGUAUUUUGACAAAGUUAAGUCCAUUUUAUGCCCCUUUUAGGCUUAGAAAAGGUUCUGAUAUAACCAUUAAUACUUAAAUGUUUCUGAAACUUGAACAGAUAUUCACUUGAAACUAUAUAGUAUAUGAAGGGUCACAAGUAAGCUCAGUAUACUCUUAAUUUCAUUUGUCAUAAUUAUGCUAUUUUCUUAACUACUCUGCUUUUGUUUGUUUUAGUACAUUGGGAAAAUGUAAGGUUAUUUGUAACUGUUUCAAACAUGAUUUGACAAUAUAUAUUUAUACUAUUACCUGUACAAUUUGUCUUUUUUCACCAGAGAUAUUUUUUUUAUGUAUAUGUAUUUAUGCCACUGAAGUUAUUCCCUUAACCACCUUUCCAAGUCGUCUUCUGUCAAGGACAUUGGUGGGGGUAUGAUUGGCAUUCAGCGAUAGUUUUAGUUAUACAAAUGGAAUAUUAUGUUGUAGUAGCUUUCUGAGGCUUUGUAUUUUUUCUACGAGCAUCGGUGGAAAAUUGAUAUCUCGCGAAACCGAAGGUCGAGCGAGAUAUCAAUUUUCCAAUGUUGCGAGUAGAAAAAUACAUAGUCUCAGAAAGCUACUAUAACAUAAUUUUCCUUUUAUUAUAUGCCCGAAAGGGCAUAUUAUGUUAUACCCCCUGGCGUCGUCUGUCUGUCCGUCCGUUAGCAAUUUGGUUUCCGGAGCAUAACUUAAGUUCCAUUUGGCCCACAAUGUUCAAAUUUCAUAGGAUGAUUGUCCAUAUUAGGUAGAAGACCCCUAUUGAUUUUGGGGUCAAAAGGUCAAAGGUCAAGGUCACUAUGACCUUAAAACUGAAAACAGUUUCUGGAGCAUAACUUAAGUUCCAUUCGACCCACAAUGUUCAAACUUCAUAGGAUGAUUAUCCAUAUUGGGUAGAAGACCCCUAUUGAUUUUGGGGUCAAAAGGUCAAGGGUCAAGGUCACUAUAUCCUUAAAACUGAAAACAGUUUCAGGAGCAUAACUUAAGUUCCAUUUUGCCCACAAUAUUCAAACUUCAUAGGAUGAUUGUCCAUAUUGGGCAAAAGACCCCUUUUGAUUUUGGGGUCACUAGGUCAAAGGUCAAGGUCACAAUUACCUUAAAAUCAAAAACAGUUUCCGGGGCAUAAUGUAAGUUCCAUUUGGCCUGCUAUAUUCAAACUUCAUAGGAUGAUUGUCCAUAUUGGGUAGAAGACCCCUAUUGAUUUUUGGGUCACAAGGUCAAAGUCACUUUUACCUUAAUACUUAAAACAGUUUCUAGAGCAUAAUUAAAGUUCCAAUUGGCCCACAAUAUUCAAACUUCUUAGGAUGAUUGUCCAUAUAAGGUAGAAGACCCCUAUUGAUUUUGGGGUCACAAGGUCAAAGGUUAAGGUCAUUAUUAAUAACUUAAGUAUUAAUCAACCUACAGCUGUAAAAUUUUAUAGGAUGAACAGCUAAUUCCCUGUUUUACAAAUGCUUCAUCCUUACUAAAAAAAAACACUUUCGGGCAUAUAAUGCUCCGCCUAGCGGUGCCCUUGUUAUAUACCUUGUCGUUAAUGAAAUGUAGUUGUCAAAAAAUAAAUUUAUGACUGACGGAUGAAUACGUAAGUCUUGCAAACCGGCCGCGCCUUUAAUAAUUUUGGUUCCCGUUUCCAAAUGCAACGUUAUACAAAGCUAAGAUCGGAACCAACGUCAAAAAUAGUCCGGCACUUCCAUAUAUGGUACCGUAUUUGUCACUAACAUAAUACGGAAAUUUCUAUCCGUAUCUAAUACAAAACAACAAAAUUGGACUAGGUCUAAAAGGUUGAACUGACAUUGAGCUGUAAAUAACAUUAACCCAUUACCCGAUGAGCAUUUUGUGAAAAAUGGCUGUUUUCAUUGAAAAGUCUCCCGUUACAAGUUCAGGUUGCUAUAAAACUAUAAAAACUGCUUCAAUACUAAUCAAACUUGGCACAAAUGUUGACUGGACCAUUGCCUUUGUAACAACAUGCUCAGUCUGAAAUUUCCUGUUACCAUGGCAACUAGGGGACAUCUCAAAAUUGCCAAAAAUCACUAUUUUGCAUUGAUUUUUUCCAUCAAAAUUGAUUUCAAAGUGCUGCCACUUCUCAAUGGAUCGAGAUAGAGUCAAAGGCUUUUCAGCAUUGGUUACACGUUACCUUAUGAUCGACCUGGGGCCAUUUUUAGCCUCCCACAAGUCCAAAAUUUUCUUGGCGAUGAGGGGGACUCUGCCCCCCCUUCAAACCCCCCAAACAGAAGGGGGCACAUCCCCCUUCUGGCAACCCCCUGAUGUAUCUUUUGGAUGGGGGGCCGCGCCGAAAAAGUGGUCAAUUUUUUAAACAACAUUUCUCAAACAAAAACAAGUGUUUUGGGGCCUUAAUAAGGCAUUUUUUCACCAUUUGAGGAAGCAAAAAGGGGGGGGGGGUGAAAAAGGUGUAGAAAGGCGUAUAUAUCUGGUAAUGGGUUAACCGUCAAGGUCAAAUGAUUGAAUUUUGGUAUUGAUACUUAUGUACAGAUUUGAUUAAUACAUACAUGUAGACAAAACAGCACUUGUCACCAAACCAGCAUGUUGAAUAAUUGAGACAUGACUUUGAGUCCUUGACCUUUAAUGACAAAAUGACAUUCACCAUUGGCGUCAGAUGAUUGAAUUUUGCUUUAUGCUCGAAAAUUUGCUUUAAAACAAACUAUAAAAAGGGUUUAAAAAACUUAAAAUUUAACAAACUCAGUUUUUAUUAGCUCACCUGUCACUUUGUGACAGGGUGAGCUUUUGUGAUCGCUUUUCGUCCGGCGUCCGUCCGGCGUCCGUAAACUUUUACUUUAAAUGACAUCUCCUCAUAAACCACGAAGCCAAUUUCAUCCAAACUUCACAGGAAUGUUCCUUUGGUGGUCACCUUUGAAAAUUGUUCAAAGAAUUUAAUUCCAUGCAGAACUCUGGUUGCCAUGGAAACCAAAAGAAAAAACUUUAAAUAUCUUCUUCUAAGAAACCCAAAGAGCUAGAGCUUAGAUAUUUGGCAUGAAACAUCUUCUAGUGGGUGUCUACCAAAUUUGUUCAAAUAAAAGCCCUGGGGUCAAAAUUGGCCCCACCCCAGGGGGUCAUUGAUUUUCCCUAGAUGUAUAUAGUAAAAACUUAAAAAAUCUUCUUUUAAAGAACCCAAAGAGCUAGAGCUAAGAUAUUUAGCAUGAAACAUCUUCUAAUGGGUGUCUACCAAGUUUUUUCAAAUAAAAGCCCUGGGGUCAAAAUUGGCCCCGCCCCAGGGGGUCAUUUAUUUUUCCUAUAUGCAUAUAAUAAAAACUUAAAAAUCUUCUUUUAAAGAACCCAUAGUGCUUGAGCUAAAAUAUUUAGCAUGAAACAUGUUCUAAUAGAUGUCUACCAAGUUUGUUCAAAUAAGAGCCCUAGGGUCAAAAUUGGCCCCGCCCCAGGGGGUCAUUGAUUUUCCCUAUAUGAAUAUAGUAAAAACUUAAAAAUCUUCUUUUAUAGAAGCCAAAGAGCUAGAGCUAAGAUAUUUAGCAUGAAACAUGUUCUAAUAGAUGUCUACCAAGUUUGAUCAAAUAAGAGCCCUGGGGUCAAAAUUGGCCCAGCUCCGGGGGACAAUGAUUUUCCUUAAAAUGUGUAUAGCAAAAACUUAAAAAUUUUCUUCGAAAAAAAACCAAAUAGCUAGAGUUUAGAUAUUAAGCAUGAAACAUCUUCUAGUAAGUGUCUACAAAGAUUGUUCAAAUAGAAGCCCUGGGGUCAAAACUGGCCCUGCCCCAGGGGUGUCAUUGUUUUUAAAUAUAUAUGUAAAGAAAAAACUUAAAAAAUCUUCUUUUAAAAAACCCAACGAGGAUGAAACAUCUUCUAAAGGUUGUCUACCAAGUUUGUUCGAAUAAAAGCCCUGGGGUUUAAACUGGCCCCACUCUAGGGGGCCUAUAUACAGGUGAGCGACUUCAGGGCCAUCAUGGCCCUCUUGUUUAUUUUUGUUCUAUUCAUUGAAAUAUGUAAUAACAUUAAAACUUCCAAUAGUGUUAUGCCAAUUGUUUUCUUCUCAUUAAAUCUGGAGCUCUGCAGUUUAAAGAUGUAUGUGAGCUACAAAUAUUGCAUGAAUAAAAACAGCAGUAGUAGAUUAUUGUAGUUUGUGAAAUAAAAUACUGAUUAGAAGGAAACUUUUAAGUGAUCAUGGUCUGCACUGUUUGCUGCUCAGUCAGUUCUUAUUUUGAAAAUGUCCAUAAAAAGUGAUGCAUGUCUUUUUUGUUAUGUCCGGAAUGAAAGAUGGACAAGUCCUAAUAAGAUAUUUAGGGUGGUAAUGGAUAAUUUUUCAAUUUUCAUUGAAUAUAUUAUAUUAAAGAACUGUCAAAAAGUGUGCUCUGGUUUGACACCUAUAACAUUGUUUCAAAAGUCAUUUACCUAAACCGUUGGUAAGGUUUUUAAUUGCUAUUCCAGACUUUCAACUUUAGGUGUUUUAAUUUUUAAAGAUUUUUUUAUUAAGCUUUGAUUAAAUGUUGUGUUGUACUAAAAUAGUUUAUAUACUUUUUUUUUGUCCAUAAAUCCUUUGUAAUUUAUUAAAAAGCAUUUAUAUGAAGCAUUAAAUAGUAUAUGUAAUAUAAUUAUUCUUGUUAAGAGCCAAAAUGUAUCAAUAUAUUAGGGAUUUUCCAGAUCCUCACUAUUGUGACUGACAAUUUUAGUGGUUGGUAGCUUUUGUUUUAAUAAUUUUGCACAUAUUUAUUUUGUACAAAGAAAAAUGUUUUAGCCUGAACCACCGGGUCAUGAGUUAUUUAUAGAAAAUACUUGCUAUUGAAAGGUAGAAAUUGUGUCUAUUAUUUGUAUGUUAACAUGUGCAUGAUAUAAAUUAAGGUCUGAUAUGUACAUACGAGUAUAUUUAAACUGUGGUGUAAACCAUGAUUAUGUGAGGUAUGAUUAUCUAAACCUUGAUUAUGUGGCCCAUGAUUUAUUCAACCAUGAUUAUAUGAACCAUGAUUAUGUAAACCAUGAUUAUGUGAAUCAAGCUUUUUUCAACUAUAAUAAUCUUAAUGAUAAUAAAUAUAUUUAUAUGUUUUCCUUUUCUAAUAAAAGGCUAAGAAGAA